AACAGGCCACCUUCCAUCCCCAUUCUUAUACCGACUUAUACCGUGUCCACUUCGUCUGUCGUUUACCACCAUCGUAGCUCAUAUCUGAGCAUCACCGCGACAUGACCUUCCCAGAUACUGCAGAUGCAGACCCGGACCCGACGACGCAGAUAGCAUGGCCGUCGCGGAACGGCAAGCGCGCUCGCAUGCAGUCCGCUCAGGGUGAGCCUUCUGAGGAAGAGACGUCUAAUGCGAAUGGAUCGGGGCAGCCGAAUGGAAAGAAGAGGCUUUCGGACAGCCCCGAUGAGGAGCUGUCGGGACGGAGGAUGUCUACUCUUGAUCUCAUUAACUUGAGUAUAGCCAUGGCUGGAUCCCAGGUUGCUUGGACGGUCGAACUUGGAUAUGGGACUCCGUUCCUGCUAUCUCUCGGGCUGUCAGAGACACUGACCAGCUUGGUGUGGCUUGCCGGACCGAUCAGCGGUUUGAUUGCGCAACCUGUUAUAGGUGCGAUAUCUGAUGCAUCAAUAUCCAAGUAUCGCCGGAGAUACUGGAUCGUGCUCUCCACCAUUGUCCUUGUCAUCUCCACCGUUACAUUGGCGUAUUGCCAGAGUAUAGCAGCAUUCCUGGUUGACAUUGUCGGCGGAGGAGCAGGCAGCUGGGAUCCAAAGUGGACACAGUCCGUUCAGAACACUGCAAUCGGCUUGGCUAUUGUCUCCUUCUACCUCCUUGACUUUGCUCUGAAUGCACUUCAAGCAUCCCUGAGAAAUCUGCUGCUCGAUGUAACUCCUCCGGAACAGCUAAAUGCAGGCAACGCCUGGCACAGCAAGAUGAUCAAUGCCGGUAACAUCGUGGGCUACGGCUUCGGCUUCCUUCCGCUCGCGAACAUGCCCGUUUUACGUCUGCUCGGCGGCGAUCAGUUCCGCAAGUUCUGCGUCGUCAGCAUGACCAUACUGGUCAUCACGGUCUGGAUUACGUGCCUCACGCAGGUAGAAAAGGAGAGGGAGCAAAGGCGAUUCGAGAAGGGCAACACAUUGCGAGACAUUCUGGACAACAUCUACACUGCUAUCAUUCACCUGCCCAAACCCAUCAGGCGGGUUUGCUACGUUCAAGUGUUUGCGUUCAUGGGGUGGUUUCCUUUCCUCUUCUAUGCGACUACGUAUAUUGGUCAAGUCAUGGCAUACGAGCUCCAACGAGACCCGGACAACGACGACGCGACUCGAAUGGGAGAAUUUGCGAUGUUGAUCUAUAGCAUCGUCGCCGUCAUUGCAGGUGCAACGCUCCCGAGUCUGACCCGCCGCGACACCCGCCUGCUCGCGCACGAAGGCGACGAAGACGAAGACGCGGAACUCUCGAGACUGCGCGAUACAGUGCGUUUCUGGCGUGCUGAGGCUGCGCGUCGGGGAAGGCCGCUCAGGUUGCCUCUAAUGCCGUUCUUUCUGAGGAACAUCUGGACGGGCGCCAUGAUCCUCUUUGCGCUGAUCACGUUCUCGACCUUCUUCAUCACGAAAGUGUGGCAGGCCGUGAUUGCGGUCAGCUUGGUGGGGAUUUGCUGGGCGGUGGCGUGUUGGGUGCCCUUCGCGAUCAUCAUGGAGUUCCUGAAGGAGCGCGAACAUGAACACGCCGUUGACGGAGCUGCAUUAGCCAGAGAAUGGGCUCGGCGCCCUUCGCACAAUCGCAGGAUGUCGACGCCUGCGGAACGCCGUAGGAGCGAUGUUCAACAUGAACAUGCACCACUGCUCCAACGUCGUCGCUCUUUCGAUCCGAACAAUACCGAGGCGAUAGCUGAUGGGGCCGAACUUGUCGCAGGAGGAACGAUUUUGGGUAUCCACAACCUCGCUAUUGUCAUCCCGCAGUUCGUCAUCGCGUUGGUGUCGAGUGCGAUUUUCCAUAUCGUCGAUGCGGAUGUGGAUAACGACCCGGCACAUCAUACGACGUACUAUGGCAAGAAUGGUGUCGCGUGGGUACUGCGGUUUGGCGGGUUCUGUGCAUUAUGUGGUGCCGCCUUCGCUCGACGAGUCCCGCCAACCCGGACAGAGAAGGAGAUGCGAAGACGACUCGCUGAGCUCAGAGUCUUGCAGGAGGAAGGCGGGCCGUAAGCUCACAUGGACGGACCUGUCAGCAGGCGUGUACAACUUCUGGCUUUGUAUGUAUGCAUAUCGUUACAUUGGUGUGUUUGUUUGUAUUCAAUAAUGAA